AUAAAAUGCUUAAAACCUGUGUCAAAUUGCGGCGUUUUUGCACAAUCGUGAACUCCAGUGGUGCGCAAAAGCUUCGAAACAUAACGAGGGUCUGGUUUACGCCACUUCCGCCGGACUCCAAAUUCAUAAAACCCUGUCGUUUACAUUUUAUUGAGAAUGGUGUGGAAAAGGAUCGGGACAUUAUAAAAAUACGUGAUGGACUAAUGAUCCUUAUUUACAAUGUGACGCGCAAGAAAUUGGUUCUUGUGCGACAAUUUAGAGCUGCUGUUUAUCAUGGCAUAAUUUCAGGAAACACGCUUGAUAUACCCGAAGGCGAUGUAGACUUGAAGCUGUUCCCACCGGAAUUGGGCGUAACAUUGGAGCUGUGCGCUGGCAUGGUGGACAAGCAGAAAAGUUUAGAGGAGAUAGCACGCGAAGAGGUGUUGGAGGAGUGCGGCUAUGAUGUUCCUGUCGAUAGCAUAUUGCCCAUUUAUAAAUACAGAUCGGGUAUUGGUGCGUCUAGCGGCGGGCACUUUUUGUACUACUGUGAGGUUAACGAUUCGCAAAAAGUGGCUAGUGGUGGUGGAGUGCACGACGAAGUCAUUGAAGUUGUGGAACUCUCAAUUGAUGAAGUGGAAUGCUUCGUGCAGUCGGGUACAGAGAUAAAUGGGGCUCCCGGACUGCUGGUGGCUUUUUUGUGGUUUUUAGCCAAUAAGGCGUCGAAAUAUCGUGCGUGCUGCGCGAAUGAUAAUUAAACUGUAACCGUCAAAAUGUGAUCAAAGUAUAACCAAAAUUUCCACUGGGUGUUAAAUGUCAAA